UGUAUUAGUAGGCGAAGGCUUUUCACUACAGGUGUGCCCUGUGAAAUGUCGACUUUCUAAUAACACCCUGGGUUAUGUGCACCUAAGUUUUUUAGUAGUUUUCUCUACUUGAUAGAUUACACAGGCUUGUCUUUGUGAGUGGGCACUUCUACUUGCCUUUUGAGGAUUGUUUCGGAUUUAAAUAUUUUCGGAUUAAACGCUGAAACAAAAGGUCUGAACACAAGAAGUACUAGGCACACCGCAAGAACAGAGAAAUAUCUGAGGUUUUUGACCAACAGCGUCACACAAUAUUCUGAAGUUUGGAUUUAAAAGUUAAAACAAUGUGGGAUCGGAUUAGUGUGCUAGUCAGUGCAGUGCUUGUGACAUGGUGCAGUGUUGAAGGAUUUAAUCCGGACAACAUCCAGUGUUGUAACUGUAUUUCCAUGUUCCCAGAUGGAGUAUCGAAUGUUAAGCCCCAAGUUAUGCCCUCACCUUUCAUCAUUCACGUAGCAAAAUCAGCAAGAUUUUAUACUAUAAAUGCAGAGGAUAUUAAUGUAAAUUUAACUGCUGACUUUGUAAAAAGAGGGUUUAGGUCAUUUAUGAUCCAAGCCCGUAGAAUAGACCAAUCCAGUAACACGAUAGAGCCCAUCGGAAGGUUUGAAGCCCUUGAGCCUAACCCAGUGUUAGCUGUAGAAGACUGCCCGGGAAAAUAUGGGGCAGCCUUUGUUAGCUCAGAUUUUUCAGAGAAGACAAAUGUGCGUUUAGUGUGGAAACCUCCUACGACAUUCCAAGGACACAUUGAAUUCAGGGCUACCUUUGUUCAAGAUGAAAACACGUUUUGGGUAAAGGAGAAGUCAGCACCACUCUAUGACCCCCAGGACAUCACUCCUCCUACACCCCUCCAAAAAUAUAUCCCUGCCCCUAUUGCUGGUAUCGAUGUGAGUGACUGUGGGACUCGAAAGGGAUGCUACCGUAUCCCUGGUGAUUGCCGCGAGGUCGAGUGUGAGUACAUCGCCACAUGGAAACGCCUCAGUGAUCGAACCAUGCAGUUUGAGCUCAGCGCUAUGACUGAUGGUUUUAACGACAGAUUCUUUGCCUUGGCUCUCUCUGAGGAUAUCUAUUGUGGCGAUGACCUUGUGUUUGAGUGUGUACACAACAGCUCCAGUGGCAAGGUUUCUGUCUACCAGUCCAAAAACCUUCCCGAAAACAGGAAUGAUAGACUUAACAAUCCAACGGCAGGGAUAAUCACCCAGGAAGGGUCGUACAAUGAUGGUCGCCUGCGAUGUCGUUUUGUGCGGGAAAUCAAUCCUAACAAUGAGGAACUCAAUGAUUGGGGACUUUUGUCACGGCCCUUCCAUCUCCUUAUGGGACGAGGUUAUUCCUCAUUGGGGAACCUGUUAACACACGGCAUAAAUGUGGGUCAUCUGCCUGUAUCUUCACCGAACGAGGUCUCGCUGGAUGUUGGGGCGGACAUCUCGGGCAGGGCACGAUUCCACCUCGUCAAAGCUCAUGCUUGCCUGAUGUUUAUUGCGUGGAUUUUCUUUGCCCCUAUCGGCCUGAUCUGGAUGAAGUACUACACGACCAUGUGGCCUAAUAGCAGGUUCCUUGGACAGAAAUACUGGCUUGUGACGCACUUCAACUGCACGGUAUGGGUGGUGAUUCUGGUUGUCAUCGCUGUUAUCCUGAUCUUCAUUGAGGCAGGAGGAUGGAGUGAGUUUCCUGAGCUGCCAGCAAAGGCGCAUCCAAUCCUAGGAAUAAUAGUUUUCAUCUGUAUUCUGGUUAUUCCGAUCCUGUUCUUGAUCAGAUGCCCAGAGGACCAUGCAUGUCGGCCAGUUGGCAACUGGUUCUACUGGCUCUUCUGGACCAUUGCUUUCUGCCUUGCCGUUGUGAACAUCUUCAUUGGGAUGGAGUUUGGCAAGGCGAUGGUGCCCUGGUGGCUGACAUGGAUCGUCUGUAUCUUCUUCCUCUUCAACUUCGUCUGUGAGAUCAUCCUGGAAGUCCAUCAGUGCUGCACGCACAAAAAAAACAAGGAGCGUAGGAAGAAGUGGGAGCUACAGAAGAAGGAGAACCCGAACAUCCACAUUCCCGAACCAUGGCCAGCUGGUCGGAACUUCAAGAGGAAUGUACUGUACACCCAUUUCAUAGUUUGCCUGAUUGUAGUCCUAAUAGCAGUGAUCACCGUCGCUGUCUCCUAAACCAUGAACCAGUCCAACGCAAGUGUGCCAGUCUGAGAUUAUCUGUCACCAUAGUAACCAGAGCAGAUAGCAACCUUCACUCACAUGACCUAACAGGAAAUGUUAGGUUGAAAACAAUGAUUUCCAUAAUUUAUGUACAUAAAAACUCUUAAGAAAUGGUUGAAUGUUACUUGGACAUAAAUGUAUCUAAACUUUUCACAAAGUGAUCAAGUAUUUUAUAUAAAUUUCUUUCCAGUAGUAAUAGCAUGUUAUGCAGGUGAUAAACUAUGAAUCAGGGUCAAGGACAUAUGUAGAAGGUUGUAUCAAUCUAAUAGAGUAGAAAGUACAAUCAAAGGCAAUGAAAGAAAGUGUCAUAAUGUUGAAUUACAGUUUUUAAUCAGAUAAGUCUGUGGGUGGACUUCGUUCAUACAAAAUUAGUGUAAGCUGGCUUGCGCAGAAUGCACCAGUCCAGAAAUUGAGGUAGGCUGUGUAAUACAGAAAUGACAAUGGUUCAGCCGAUAUUGGGAUCAUACCUGGUCUAAGCUGGUCAGCGUAGAGAGAGAAGUCCGGUCACUUUAAGGGAUGGCGUCAGUAUUUUGCUUACAGCUUGUAUUUGUGUGAUGAAGAACUCUCAUGGAUCUUCAUGCUGCUGCCUGAUGCUACAUAGUUCUAAUGUAUGUUCUUCAUGCAAUUAAGAGUCACAAUGCUUCAUUACCAGAAACUUUCAAAUGUAAUAAAAAAUGGGGAAAUGCUUUGUAAGAAUGACUAGCUUAUAAUUUGAUAUGGCUCAAAUUUCAAGUAUAUAUUUAAUAUUUAAUUGCAUGCUGCUUCAUUUAGGAAUAUUAUAUUUUAAAACAUAGAAGCUGUUUAGUUUGAUUGUUAGUUAUAAUUGACAUUGUAAAUGUUAUUGUUUUGUACAAAUGGUGCUAAUUUAUAUAUAUUAUGCAUUUGUUGUUAUUUGACAUUUUACAUGUUUUGUACCAUGAUGUUUUUUGUACCAAUACAUAGAAGUGCAUUUUUCAUGACUUGAUGAACAAAAAGAUCUCGUUUUAAUUGUCAAAAAAGGAGAAACUCACCUCUAGUUGUUUGAUCUGUUAUUGUUGAAGUCCAAUAUUUUAAAGGUUUAUGCUUGAUGUACAAAUUUUGAAUCUCACUAAUAAUAUAGCUAUAAAGAAUUAUCUGGAAAGAAAUGCUUUUAUUUUAUUAACUGUUAAGAUUACGGUUUUAUAGGAAUUUUGCCAUAUGUAUUAUAUUUGAAUCCAUUGCUUGUUUGAAAGUGUAGGAAUAAAUGUUGAUUAUUUUUUUCAAGCUGAAAUGUAUUCAUCAGUGCCAUCAAAGUGGUUUAGAAAAUUAUGGUUUAUUUAUGGUCUAAGGCCUGAAAUAAAAGCCAAUUCUAAGUAAAUUUAAUCAACCAUGUAAUGAAAAUAUACCUACAAGAAUAGCUAAAACAUUCUAGAAUCCUGUUAUAGUUCUGUGUAUAUUAUGCAUGGUAAUGAAUGUAAUAUCCUUUAUGGUUUGUUGUAUGAAAUCAGUGAGCUUUCUAUCUGAAAUGUUCAUGAUGUGUGGUUUGAAGUUUAUGUAAAUGUUCAUGCUUAUCUAUGCUUUUCAAGUCAUUGUAAGGGACACUAAAUGCCAAUAAAUCAUUUGGCAUUUAGGGUAGUUUUCUGUCCUAAAAUGUUGCAUGUUAAUCUGUGCUGAUUGUGUGCAGAACUUAAAAUCAUGUUGAAAUGUCAAAAUAAUUCAACAAGAUCUUUUUCCUUGAACAAAUUGAUAAAUCUAAUUUCCUCAUAAUACUUUAAUAACACGUGUUAGUGAAAAUAUAUCAAUGAAGUUUAUUACUACAAGUGAUAAAUAGUACAGAGAUCUGACAAGAGUAAGGCAAGUGAAAUGUGUAGAAAUGAGUUGUAAAGACAGUCACUAUUGUUUAGAUAUGAUCUGGUCACAGAGAUUUAUUUGCACACGAGUCUCACAUGCAUAUUUUAGGCAGUGCUAGGCUCGGUUAUAGGGUUAAUCAUUGUAAAUAUGUUGAUUAUUUUUAAAUUUUAUCACCAUGAACUGUAUGAACCAUGCUGAAAGAGAGUUCUAUCAUGUCUUUGAUAUCACAUCUCUGUCUUGCCAUUCUUAAUGACAUCAAUGACUGCAGUUUCAAAAGUCUUAGUACCUACUAAAAAAUCUGUUUCAGUUCAGUCUUGCUUGAAACAGAUAUUCAUUGGUCAGUUAUAAAUACUUUGAGCUUAUAAUAUUUUGCAAUAAUGCUUAAUUUUCAUUUUAACUUUAAAAAACCAGUGAUGAGACUAACCAGUUCAUUUAUUCAGCUUAAUAAUUGCAAUCUCUUUCCGAACGCCAUGUUUUAAAUGAUCAUCUCUGUUACAUGUACUUGUUGACAUUUAUUGUUUCACUGACCCUUCGCUUUUAUGUUUUAACCUUUGCUUUUAGUGUUAUGCAUUUUGCAGCAAUUUUAUUCUUGAUCUUGCACUUGUAAAUAUAUAUUUUUAGGCUCUAAAUCAAAAAGUUGUAGAGUUUCUUUAGUAGUUAUUUAUAUUUACAGUUACCGCUUUCAGUAAUUUCAUAGACCUGUUUAUUCUUUUGUAACAAAUGUUUUAUGAACCAUACCUGGUUAUGUUUUGUAACUUUUAUUAUGUAUAUUUAGAUUGAGUGCAAUAUAUGCUUCUAUGUUUUCACUAUUAAUUAAAGUAAUAAGUUCAUAAAGUCUAUGCAGUACUAUACAAACAGCUUUUGUAGCAUAUGAUUUGAUUUGAUAAUCUUUUGUGUAUAUAUCAAAUUUAAAAGGUAAAUCUUUAUUUUUGAAAUGCAAGUAACAUAAAAUGAUAAAAAAGAAACAGCUACAGAUACCCGUAUACAUUUCAUUGUGUUUUACUGAUAAAAUUUACAAACUACAGAAGCCAAUGGUAUAAAACUAUCUAUUUCUUUGGUGUGGUCAAAGUUAUCCAAGAUGUUAACUGAUUGGUCAAUACUUAUUAAAUGGUAAUUACCAACCAAUCAUAUCAUUGAAACGUCAAAACUAGCCUAAAAACAACAUGUGGACAACUUAACCAAGUUUUAAACAAUUGACUGCAGUUAAAAGAAUGAAAUCAACAAUUGUAGCAUUUAUAGUUUUGUUUCUAGGACUUGUUUAUUGAGUAUUUAGUUUUCAGUAUCCCCAUACAAGUUUCCUCCUUUAUUUCGAUGUUGUAAAACUAAAAGUUGCAGUUACAUUUGUGUUAGGACAGAUUUGCGUAUAUGCUUAACUCAUUCUGCUGUGUGUAUUUAUUACAUUAUUUAACAUCAUGAUGUAGCGAUAUAUCAUGAAAUAAAUGUAUUUUGGUACUCGUUUA